AACCAUAACAUUAUCUACUAAAAUCAAACCAUGAAUUCUCUCUCCCUCCAUAACACUCUCCACUUCCACUUCCACCACACCUUCAUCUCUUCCAAACCCACCCCUUUCUUCCUCAAAACAAAACCCCCAACCCAUACACAAUGCUGCAUCAACAACAACAACACCAUCAUCGACAUCGACAUGGUAAAAACCAAACAAGGAACCUACGUCCCAAAACAGAACAAAGUCGUUGUCCUCUGGGACCUCGACAACAAACCCCCACGCGGCCCACCUUACGACGCCGCACUCUCUCUCAAAACCCUCGCCCAACGCUUCGGCGAACUCACCGACAUCUCCGCCUACGCCAACCGCCACGCCUUCAUCCACCUCCCUCAAUGGGUCCUCAACCAACGCCGCGAACGCAAAAGCCUCGACAUCCUCGAACGCAAGGGAAUCGUCAACCCCUCCGAGCCCUACCUAUGCUCCGUCUGCGGCCGGAAGUGCAAAACCAACGUUGAUCUCAAGAAACACUUCAAGCAGCUUCACCAGCGAGAGCGGCAGAAGAAGCUGAACCGUUUGAAGUCGUUGAAGGGGAAGAAGAGACAGAAGUAUAAGGAGCGGUUUGUUAGUGGGGACCAGAAGUAUAAUGAUGCGGUUAGGGAGAUUGUUACGCCGAGAGUUGGGUAUGGUCUUGCGGCGGAGUUGCGGCGGGCGGGGGUUUUUGUGAAGACUGUGGAGGAUAAGCCUCAGGCGGCUGAUUGGGCUUUGAAGAAGCAGAUGAUGCAUUCUAUGAGUAGAGGGAUUGAUUGGUUGUUUUUGGUUUCGGAUGAUUCGGAUUUUAGUGAGAUGUUGAGGAAGGCUAGAGAGGCGAAUUUAGGGACGGUUGUUGUUGGGGAUGUUGAUAGGGCUUUGGGGAGACAUGCGGAUUUGUGGGUUCCGUGGAAUGCGGUUGAGAAUGGGGAGGUUUUGGAUAUGGAUUUGGUGGCAAAGAGUAGAGAUAGGAGAAGAAGAACGAAUACUACAUCGACAUCGACAGUGGAUGAUUUUGGUGAUGUUUUGUUUUUUCAAGAGGACGAGGAAAUGGAAAUGGGAGAGGACUUUAGGUUGGAGUAUAGCGAAGACGAGGAUUCAGAUGAAUACACAAGUGAUGAAGAAGAUGAUGAUGGGUUUUAUAUUUAUUGAUUCUUUUGUAAAUGAAGUUAAGUUUGACACAAAAUUGAGGUUUGAGAAUCGAUUACUAUGCAAAUUAAGGUUGAGAGAUGUUAAAUUGAGCAAUGUUACACUCAGGCUUCAAAUUGAAGGCAUUUCUCUUGUUCGACACUGAUGCGUUUGAUUACAUUUAAUCACUUGCAUGUUCGACACUGAUGCGUUCGAUUACAUUUAGUCACUUGUAGAUUUUCAAAUUAUUACUGAUGAUUACAUGUAAGUGUCAGGGUCGUGUUUGAUAUCCGUGUAAUGUUUGUUAGUGCUUCAUAUAAAUUGAGGGAUAGUGUUACAACUUACAAUUUAAUGUUGUUUGCUA